AUGUACGCGCUGUUAUUCCCGAGACUGCACGACACAAGCAGCCCACUGUUACCAGGCGGGGUGCCAUGUGAUUAUCCCUGGGUAGUAAAGACUGAGGAGAAGAUGAAGUUUGACGCUAUUUUUGAAAGCCUCGGCCCUGUAGGAGGGAUGCUUACAGGAGAUAAAGUGAAGCCUGUACUUCUGAACUCCAAACUGCCUGUAGACAUCCUGGGAAGGGUUUGGGAGCUUAGUGACAUUGACAGAGAUGGCAUGUUGGACAGAGAUGAAUUUUCAGUGGCAAUGUAUCUAGUGUACAGAGCGUUAGAAGGCGAACCAGUUCCAAUGUCCCUCCCGCCUCCCCUGGUCCCACCCUCAAAGAGAAAAAAACCCUCGGCCCCUCCUGUGCUGCCUCUGCUGCCAUCACCGCCCUCGGCAAAGGACAGAGGCACCUCCCACUCAAAGACCUUGCCCCACCCCUCUAAAUCUGUCCCAGUUUCAACUCCUGCCCCGGCUCCUGUCCAGACAACAGCGCCCGUACCAUGGGUGGUGUCUCCAGUCGACAAAGCUAAGUAUGAUGAACUGUUUGCCAAGACGGACUCCGAUAUGGAUGGACUUGUGUCUGGACCAGAAGUCAGAGACAUAUUUUUAAAAACGGGGCUGCCCUCGGCCACAUUGGCGCGAAUUUGGGAACUGUGCGACAUUGGAGACGUUGGAAAACUCACCCGAGAACAGUUUGCUUUGGCUAUCCAUCUAAUCAACCAGAAGCUGACAAAAGGACUAGAGCCUCCCCAGAGCCUGACUCCAGAGAUGAUCCCUCCCUCGGAUAGGCUGAACAUAAAACAGAAUAAUUUGGCCGCUGAUUUCACUGCUAUCAAGGAGCUUGAUUCCCUCAGUAAUGAGAUUGUGGAAUUACAAAGGGAGAAAGGCACAGUGGAGGAGGAAAUCAAGGCGAAAGAGGAGGCUAUCAGACAGCGAACGACAGAGGUUCAGGACUUACAAGGGGAGGUUGCUAAGGAGACAGAGGAGCUGUCACAACUUCAAACUCAGCGACAGAAGGUCCAGGAUGCACUGGAGGAGCUGGACCAGCAGAAGUCCACUCUGGAAGAUCAGUUGUCUCUCAUUCGACAGCAAACAAACCAGGAGCACCAACAUAUCACGUCACUGCAGUCUGAGCAUGAGGAGCAGGAACAUAGAAUCAGUCAGUUUGAGGAGGAGCUGGUCCAGGCCAGAGAGGAGCUGCUUGCUCUGCAAGAAGAGAGCCAAAAGCUGCAGGAGAAAGUGCAGUCUGCUAAAGAGCAGCUCACGCCUCUGCAGGAGUCGGUGAGAGACUCCUUCACACAAGUUGGACAGGUUCAGCAGAAACUGAAUGACCUUCAGAUCGAGGAGCGGUCAGUCACGGCUCAACUCAGUUGGAAGAGAGCUCUUGAAGACGGCUCUCCAGUGCCUGUGUUGGUGAAUGGAGCGGGUUCCACCGCAGAUAUGCACUUAGCAGAUCCUUUUCAACAGGACCUUCUGGAGGAGGAUCAGCCCAAGGACCUGAAGGUGGAGCCUCCAGCAGUUCACUUGAAUAUUCAGACAGAACAAACCAAAGUCAGUGAAGCUGCAGCAGAAGAAGAAUGGAAAGAGGAGUCGAGUCCAGAUGAAGAAAAAAGUAAACCAGAUGCCCUAGAUGAUCUCUACACUAGUUUAGCCUCGUCAGAUUUAUACAAUAAUUUUGCAAGCCUUUCAAAACCAUGGGACACUGAAAAGGAACAAAUAAGUUCUACGCCUGACGUUUCGCUUGAAGUUGUAGAAGAUGAGGAUUUGCCCAAAGCCAUUUCACCAACAAUAACAACAAAUAUUGAGUCCAUUGAGGCAGAGAUGAAAGAAGAUUCAGAUCUUCCAGAGGCUGAACCAUCUGAGCCUUCACCUUCUACCACGGCCCCCCCGCCACAAACCAACCCCCCUCCUUUGCCUGUGAUGGACUUCUUUGGAUCAGACCCGUUUACUGACCAGGAUCCUUUCAAAGAUCCAUUUGGAAAAGCAGAUGUGGCAGAUCCGUUUGGAGGAGACCCGUUUAAAGGCUCCGAUCCUUUUGCUGCUGACUCUUUUUUCGCCCAGUCUUCAAGUGCCCCGUUUUCCUCAGAAGACCCUUUCUCAGGAUCAGCUGACCCUUUUACUUCUAAUACUGAUGCCCCAGAACCGGACCUAUUUGCUUCAAAGAAAAGUGACUUGCCAGUUUCCACUCCAGUGAGUUCUGACCCGUUCAGCAACAAACCAGCAAAUGCAGUAGUGACGCCGGCUGAUCUAUUUAGCUCAACUGAAAACCAUGAGCCUGAGUCCAACCUGUUUGGAGGAAACGUAAACUCCUUUUCUGAAGCUGAUCCUUUUGGCUCUCAGGAUGGAAAGUCUGACCCCUUCAGCUGUUCUUCACCUACAUCUGUUUUGGCUGUGAAGGAUACUGUUCCAGCUAAUGACCCCUUUGCUCCGGGUGGUACUUCAGUAAACACCUGUUCAGAUCCAGAUCCCUUUGCAGCUGUAUUUGGUAAUGAAUCAUUCGGAGGUGGUUUUGCAGACUUUAGUGCCUUAGCCAAGUCAAAUGGUGACGACUUUGGCAUCAACAAUAAGAAUAUAUUCCAAGAGGACAGCACAGAUGUGCCCCCAGCUCUUCCUCCUAAAACAGGCACACCAACUAGACCCCCGCCUCCGCCUCCAGGUAAGAGAUCCUCCAUCUCCAGAACUGAGUCUUCAGACUCUUUCCAUCGACGAGGGAACUUCCUUCCGCAGUCUUCAAGUGACUUCUCCUCCUCCUCCUCCUCCUCUUCCCUGCCUGCAAAGGACCCUAUAGCUGACCCCUUCGCCCCUUCCUCCCCCCCUCGUCACAACGUUCGAGAAGCUGACCGAUUUGCCAGCUUUGACAAAUAUCCGACCGAGGAGGACAUGAUCGAGUGGGCAAAGCGCGAGAGCGAAAGGGAGGAAAAGGAGCGUCUCGCAAGGCUAACGCAGCAGGAGCAAGAAGAUCUGGAGCUCGCCAUCGCGCUCAGCAAGUCUGAACUGUCCUGA